GAUAUAGUAGCUGUUUUAUGUCCACAUGGACCUUUAAGAAUGUUAGUUGAAAUGGCACAUGAACGUCAACAACCGUUAUUUCCUGCUCUCCUUUAUUCAACAACAGCUAUGUAUCUUGUGAAAAAAUGUCAAUCAAUGAGUAUAAGUGAAAAUAAUCAAUCACCUGAGGAAGAGUUGACUAACACACUUUCUAAUGAGGGUAUAGUCAAUGAAGCAUCAAAUCUAGACGGUUCUGUUAUACAACCUUGUCCAACAACUUCAGAAUCUAUAAUCUCAGGUGAUCAACAAAUGACAGUGAAUCGAAGAAACUCUACACACAGACACAAUAAUGAAAUACCUACAACUAGUAUGGAAAAUACAAAUACACAUAGAAUCAACGUGAACAACACUGGCAAUAAUAAUAAUAACAAUAAUGAGUCUUAUUCACGAGUACCAUGUGAAACUGACACACUUGUGAGGCAGCCAGUUGAUCGUUGGAGGGAGUUACAAGCGGAUCUAAUUGACCGUGAUUCAAAAGGUGUUAAACUUGGUCUUGGCGAUUUUGUAUUUUACAGUCUACUAAUUGGUCGUGCAACAUUGGACGGUGAUGCUGUCACUGUGAUCACAUGUUAUGUAGCUAUAUUAGUUGGCAUGUGUAUCACUAUCAUUGUGUUGGGGAUAACACGACAAGCCCUACCAGCCUUACCAAUAUCUAUUGCAUGCGGGAUAUUAUUUUAUUUCGUCAGUUCAGCGACAAUAUCACCAUUUCUUGAAGCGACAGCCAGUCAACGUGUAUUUUUCUAAGCUUUAUUGCUACUAAUAUUAUCAUUAUUGUUGUUAUUACCUAAUUAUUAUAUGCCAUUUCUCAACAAUGUUCUCACAUCAUGACUGUGACCAUCCAACACUCGUCAUGCGCCCAUAAACUUCAAUGCAAUGUUCAGUGUUAAUCUGUAAUAAAUCUGUUUCACAUUAUAAUAAAACUUUUUGUAUUUCCCCAAUGAAUGAAAAACAAAGCGAUAUUGUUUUCACUGACGUUUUGCUAUUUAAUGCUGCCGCUAACAGCUUUAUCAAAGUAGUACUACUAAACCAGAAUUUACAGUCUCUCAGCUUAUAUAUAACAACUUAAUCAUCGUCCAUCAGCAUGGGGUCAUUUUUGCGUUGUCAAAUUGACCAAUUGGUAAAGGUAACAAAACCAGGUGUAGAUUGUUGGAUUUGAUAAAUAAGUGUGUAAAAUUAUAAUUAUAGAAGCAGAGUGUGUUUACAUAAUGAAAUUGGUUAUCACAUUUGUGUUGAUUUUGUCAUUGCAUGGAGGAGCGGGGUGGGUGUUGCAACCAGGUUAAAUUCUGUUUUAGUCCAUCAUUCGUAUUCAGACAAUUUGGAUUCCAUUUAAUCUGGGUGUCGUAAAUUCCCAAAACCCAAACGUUAUUUGCCCUAGCACGUCCUCGAUUGUACUUCUUCUUAUAAGCACUGUUUCAUCGAUAUGAACAACGACACCCACUCCUCCAACACUUUUAUUACUUGUGUAAUACAAGGCUAAGGUCACUUGUGCGUUCGCAUCCCUUGGGACGCUAUUGUAGAACUUUGCCGCUGGUACCACUGAACUGUUGAGACGAGGCUAUUUUCCGUUUCAGCAGUUGCGGCUCUCACCGGCUGUUUUAAAACCCAGUAGUUGCAAAUAUACAAAAUCUACGUCAAGGAGAGAUGCCAACUUGCAAAAAGUUCCUACGAAAUAUUAAAAUUAUCAGCUUACCUUCUCUAAUGCUAACUCGUCUCAAACAAAUUGCACAACGAUGGACGUAUCCAUUAGUCGACCUGCUAAAGCGUUUUAAACUCAUCACACCAUCUCACACGAACAAAUCCUUUCCUUCGUAAGCAACCCCAAAUCCAGGCAAUACUGAAAAACAUUAUCCUCCUCGAACUGCAACGGUAACUUCGUCAGAGUACGCAUUUGAAACUAAUCAAGCACUAUACAACAUUGAACUCACGUUCAUGAAUCUCAUUGGACAAUUCGACGUCGUUCACUGAUUGGUAGUUAGUGAUGCUUAAAGUUUAACUUGGUCCAAAAUCAGAAGAAAUGAACACUGUAGAGCAUCUGUUCGACAAACCACGAAGAAAUCCAGUUGAACCAGAAAGGCUUGAAAAAUCAUCGGCCAUAGCUCGUCUACACGCUAUAGAAUCAGGUCAUAAAAUUGAUUUUGACAAUAUUGAAAUAAUCCAGAAAAAGCAUUUCAGAAAUCACAAAGAACGUCUAAUUUCAUCAGAAUCACUUCAUAUUAUCAAAUGGAAUCCAAAUUGUCUGAAUACGAAUGAUUGAGUAAAACAGAAUUUAACCUGGUUGCAACACCCACCCCGCUCCUCCAUGCAAUGACAAAAUCAACACAAAUGUGAUAACCAAUUUCAUUAUGUAAACACACUCUGCUUCUAUAAUUAUAAUUUUACACACUUAUUUAUCAAAUCCAACAAUCUACACCUGGUUUUGUUACCUUUACCAAUUGGUCAAUUUGACAACGCAAAAAUGACCCCAUGCUGAUGGACGAUGAUUAAGUUGUUAUAUAUAAGCUGAGAGACUGUAAAUUCUGGUUUAGUAGUACUACUUUGAUAAAGCUGUUAGCGGCAGCAUUAAAUAGCAAAACGUCAGUGAAAACAAUAUCGCUUUGUUUUUCAUUCAUUGGGGAAAUACAAAAACCCUUAUUUUAUUGAAUAUCAUGUACCUUGUGCCUAAUUUUUUCAAACUGUUUAACGUGAAGUUGGUCAUAUGUAAAUCUUUUACUGAACCGAAAUGUGAUUGCGCAUUUUAAUCAUUGAGAACGCACUUUUUGCACUGGGGAAUAGAGCAUAUUCGUCGAGGAAUAUGGAUUAUUCAUUUUCUGUCGGUUUCUUUUCACGAUAUAUAUAUAUAUAUAUAUAUAUAUAUA